UGAAAAACAAAUAAAUUCCCCAAAAUAAAUAAAUAAAAUUAAAAGACAAAGAAUUGGAGGAGGCGCCGCGCCGGUUCACUCUUCCAAUAGAAUCGACGGUUCUAUAUGAGAAUUUCAAAUUCUUAAGCAGAGCAGAGAUUGAAGAGGUUCUUGCAAUGGGGGAGUCAGUCGAGGAGCUCGAUUCGUUGUUCGACUACAGUCGGGUGCAGCCCGUCGACCUUGUCGACCUUGACGAUGACGAUGAAGAUGAGGAUACUAGCCUGGCUUCGAAACGCCAGAAGACCUCCGGCUCUUCAUUUGUUGUGGGCAAGAUUCAGAAAGAGGAGAAAAAUGGGAAAGUCGCAGAGGUUUUGAGGUGUGAAGAUGAAGACGAAGAAGACUGGCUGGCCCCUCCACCUAAGUUCGACGCUAGAGCUCUUAAGUCACAGCUUGCGGAAAAUUCCACUCUCAUGGAAAUAAGGCGGAUGAAGCAGGAGCUUUUGUCGGUUGCAAAAUCAGCUAAAGAUUUUCUGCAAGAUAUGGAUAGACCUAUUGAAAAGGAAGUAUCCACUUCAGAGCAGACAUCAGGGGAUAAAUCAUCAUUGCCUCCUCGUGAACGAGCUAAAAUAGUAGUGUCCAUACAGGACAAGGAUGGUGUCAAGCAAUUCCGUAUUUAUGCGGAUGACAAGUUUCAAAGGCUCUUUAAAUUAUACGCGGAUAAGGCCAAACUCAGCCUCACAAGUUUGGUUUUCAGCUUCGACGGGGACAAAAUUAGUCCGACGGCUACACCUGAGAGCCUUGGGAUGGAGGACAACGACAUUGUCGAAGUUUGUACUAAGUCAAGCUGAUAGAGGAAGAUUUGGGGUCUUGGCUUGUUCGGAAAAUGGGGCAGCAUCAGUAUAUGUAUAGAGUGGAGAAUCCACUUUGUUUCUUUUGUUAUAAUGUCAAUAGACUGAUACUUGACAUUUAUGAAUAUCGGGAGCCUUUUGAGAAUGCUGGCUUUGGUUGUUUGUCACAUUUUGUUAUUGAUCACAUCCUCUUGUUUUCCUUUUCACAACUGUAUGUGAAUUCUAUGGUAGCUUACAUAUGUUACCCCCGAUAUAUAAUUUAAAAACAUUAUGGUUGCACACCGUGUGGCUUGACUACCAAACAAUUAUGAAUGCCUGUGGCCUUUUGA